CGCCAUGAUGGUAACUUCUAACUAACGACACUCUCAGAUAAUCCUACCAGGCAUUACCGCCAGAUCCUUCAUUUCUGAUCAGUGUAUACACCCUCCUUCAUAAGCAUGUAAAGGAAGCAAAUUUUACACUUGAUUAUACUCCCAUCUCCUAAAAAAAGUAUUCAUCUUCGUCUAAAAAACUUUGUAUUAUAGUCCAUACCAAUACAAUAAACCAUAAUUUCCAAUCCAAACAUUAGCAACACAAGUCCUAGAUGCCUUGGUAGAUAUGGCCCAAUAAAUGCAAGACCUAUGAGCCAUGAUGUCCCAACCCAUCCGACAAAAUACUAUGAUACCAAAUCUACUUAUCCAUGAAGAUAGAUCUCCUAUGGAUAAAAUAGUUGAAGGCCACCAUUUCCAAUCAAACCGAGGGAACAAAAAAUUAAAGCCUCAAGGUUCAAAACAACCAUACUCCCCACAAGAUAUAUGUUCUCACUUUAUCAAAAUCAAAGAAAGAAGUAAGAGGAAAGCAUUCAAUCCUUCAUUGAUAAGAAAAGAAGUAAAAGAGUUGCAAAAUCACAACAAAGCAACCCAAGUUUUCGCCACAUUGGAGAAUCUCAUCAGAUCAUACUACGAGAUGACUUUUCAAAGGCCCAACCCUGAACUGGUACAAAUCUCUUUCCAUGGGAAGUAUCUAUAGCUACACUCAGCUUGAAGCCAAGUUCGAAGUUAUUUCGUGGCUUCCAAAAGGCAAGAAAAAGAAAACUUUCAUUUGCUUAGCAUCAUCCAACAAGAAGGAGAGCAUGUCUCGGUCAAUUUGAAGUGAUUCCACAACUAGUAGUCACGAAUUCGAAAGAAGCAAUUAUUAUCUCUACAUUAAUCAAUGGCAUAAGAACCCAUAAAUUAAAGUUCUAGGUAGUUGAGAACCAAGUAAAAACAUAUUUCAAAGCUAUGAAGCAAGCAUACGUCAUUUGAUAUCUCUAACUCGUUUGAUAUCUCGUAAGUCUGGAAAAGUUUAUGUUGCGGAAAGAGGGGAGGCUUAAAGAGAAGUGUUCAAUAAUGAUGAUGAUCCUAGAUUCAACAGAAAUAGAAAAUAUAUAUUCUUCGCCGUUCCAAAUGAAUUUUUGGCGUCCCAAUUUGUCAUACUCCUAAAUUUGCCAAAAAUUAAAUCUUUGUAUGAAUAUCACAAGUAGCACAGUCAUACACUUUCCUAAUAUCGCGAAUUGAAAAGAAUCUUGCAUCAAUAUGCGGACACAGGAAAGUUAACACUUAGAUCGAUAAAAGAUUAUACUCACAUCUUUUGGAAGGACCCCUAAAGGCAGUGCCUACUUGUCCAUCCAUGCAAUUCAAAGAUACAAUAAGUCAUUGCAACAACCACAUACUGAAUGUGUUAAGCGGAAUCACAAAAAAUAAUUUCUUAACAUCUAAAAACAGAUCACAAGCAUAUAACUUUUGUAAUUAUCAAAAUAGAAGAACACGGUACCCUUGAUGUGUGAAUUUCACGUUAUAAAAUCGAGUAUGUAUUAUACUAAAACAAAGAUAUCAGAGCAUCAAUCAUAUUCAUUGUUCCUUUAUUGUUGGUCCACAAGCUCCAAUCGAAUCACCAUGUAUAUCUUUACACAAUAAGAAAACUACUUUCUUAUUAUUUUUUGGAGUAGAAAUGGUGCUUGUAGAAAAAGAAAAUUCUAAGUAAUUAUGAUAUCAAAUGAUUAUAUGAGCAAAUGUAUCUUACAUACAUAAAGCUCAUUUUACUUCAUUUGUCUUACUUAAGAAAAUAACUCUAUUAAGAUACAAAUACCUUCAUAUGCAUUGUUUAAUAAGUUUCAAGUAACAUAAUGACGAUAAUAUCUCCUUAUAUAGGUCUUAGUUUGCUAUAUACUACCACUAUAGUGCCAAUAACCAUUUUGUGUUAUUUGGUACUCCCUCCAAUUCAC